AUGCCCGGCGGCAGUCGGCUGAUCCUGUUCCUUCAAAAGGUUUUCUGGGCUACAGCUAUCUUCUCAAUCAUUUUCAUCGGCGCUUUCCUCUUCGCAAUACAUCGCUCAGGCCACAAAAAGCAUCCGGUGAUCAUUGGGUUCAUGAUCACUUCCUGGUUUACAGCCUGGAUUGCCCUUCUACCCUUCUUUGGAAACGUCUGGGAGUACGCAAUCAGCCGGCCACUCAUCCACGCAAAUGUAAGAGUCGGCCCUCCACACACUGUUUGUCAAUUCAAUGCGGUUCUGUUGGCUUACUUUUGGACAGCCAUUCCCGGCUUCGGUCUGGCAUUCGUAAUCGAAGUGAUGAGGAUGCUCCUAGAGUUCCUUAAGUUUUCCAGAAUUGAUUACCCCGAGAACGAGAACUUGAAGAAGCCCAUAGCCGGCUCAGGCUUCCGGAGAAAGGGCUCAGUCGACUCGAAUUGUAGCGAGAUAAGCCAGGGCACAAGCCAUUCGAGUGAUAGCCAGAAUAUCACCUUGACCUCCCUCGAAAGCAUCAACGAGGAGCACGGAAGUUUACACUCCAACCAAUCCGUUUCCAGGUCAUUAAAAAAACUUUGGCAGCUACAUUGGAAAAAGUCGAUCAUCUUUUUGCCUUUGAUCACUGCUCUCCCUAGUUUUUUCAUGGUUUUUAAUCUCCAAUCGUCGAUGGGAUGGCGCUAUGUACAUGCCGAUCAUUUCGUUUGCAACCCUCCCGACCCCCUUCUCCGGCGAAAGAAGGCUUUCAUUCUUCUCUGCCAUCUGAUACCCACAAGCGCUCUUGGAAUUGCCUGUUUGAUCAUGUACUUUCUCUUGCGCCACCGGACAGCCACUGGGUUUCACCGACGGAUACACUAUCCAUUGCUGAUCCGUCUAAGCGCAUUAUCAGCUUUAAGCGGGGUCGGCGCGGCACUCGAGUUUACAAUCAACUUUACGCAGUUCAAUCGAGGCCUUACUGGCCACAUUCCCUCGCUUUAUCUGAUCUCUUUUCCAUUGGUCUCAGCAGUGCUCUUUGUAGACAAAGAGAUUAUCAAAGAGUGGAAAUCUUGGCUGAGGUUAAACAGAAAUUAA